CUAGGCAGGCAAAUCAGGCUUGAAGGGACUGGGCUCACAGUUCAAGGUGUUAUAGGCACCUCGGCUAUCGGUAUCGCAGCCUGUGUUUUUUCGGCUCCUGUGUGCUUAGCUGUUGGUAUAACUGCUAUCAUUAGUAUCUUCUUCGGAUAGUAUCAGUGGUCUUUUGAUAGCUCAACAAACUUACCUGAACACAUGGUAAGAAAACUUGGAGCUGAUGGUUUACUGGUGAGGUCAGGCGUUUUUCGUAACACAACUGGCUUACCUGCUAACGAGUUUAUCAGUCUUGGUCUUUUGGGUGAUAUACCGCAUGCUUCAGCAGCUAUUCUUGAAUACGUCGGCAAUAACACUCAUUUGUUUAAGCGUGAUUUUGACGCUGGCAGCUUCUUGUCUAGUUAUGAAGUACAGUUCAAACACAGCCCCGAGACUGGGGUCGCAACUUUAGUUAUUGGUCUCAGUGGGUUCACUCCGGCUGACACCAACCUGAGUUCUAACACAGCCUUACAGAAACGUGACAGUUCUAAUUUAAUGUCAUAUAACUGGGACAACAGCAAUGAACAGUUGUGGGAUCAACAUAAUAAGGAUAGUGGCUGGAUAAAUAAUGCGGGUAAUGACGUCGCGAACUGGGUAGUCCACGAGAAGCCUUAUGGAAACUAUGUAUGGAACAAGUGGUGUGCUUGCUUUGAUGAUAACCAAAGGCAGACUGGUGCGAAUGUUGACCAUGGUGAGUUUUAUAUCGGUGGUUACGGCGGUAUUGAUGGUGGUUGCAAUGCAGAUGAUUGUGGUUGGUCUGAAUAUGGUUGUAAUACCGACAGCUGGUAUGAUUGUAGUACGUAACCGUUAGGAUUGCUUGGCCAUGCAAGAGUGUUGACGCGACGUUGAUAACGAACCAG